UCCAGACACGCCUACAACGAGUAACGCGAUUAAUCCUGCUCCUCCACAGAUAAGUGUCCAACAGUUCGAGCACAUUAAGUACCUUAUGCAUGUACACUAUCAUAUACACAUAGGAAUUCCUUUUCCAGCAGUGCCUUAUUAUGUACCUCGUUUUUAGCGACUGUCCUUUCUGUUCCAAAAUAACCAAUUUCCCGCCUUAUGCAAUCAUCUAUGAUGAGGGCCUAUGUCCAGUGAUUUUUUUUUUUUAGCGGAUUCUACCAACUUUAAUUGUAUGUAUGUAUUUAUACCUGUAAUAUAUUUAAUAUAUUCAAUUUAAUCUACUUAAAAAUUCUCUUUGCUUAUCGCCACUACCGGUAUGUGAUAUCUCAUUUAAUUUAACCGUUGCUUCUAUACUUUGCUCUGUGCAGGUGUCAUCCGAUUGCUGAAUGAAAUCAAGCAAUAGGGUCGGCAGAAUGCCACCAUGAUGCAAAGUCUGCUCAAUACUCGAGGCCAGAGUGUUGAGGCAGACACCAUGGACAUGGGAGAGGAGGCUCACCUGCCAGUCUCUAACAUCACUGAGCUGGAGCAGCUGAAUGAGCAGCUGAAGGCGAAGCCAUUCAAAAAGAAACUUAUUAAAUCUCUUGGUACGCUCGGUGGAACGACCGAAAAAGAAAUAGUUGCUCGGAUACUCAAAGCGAUGCUUGAAGACGAACUCGCUACCAAUUUGAAUUGGAAAGGGAUGGGACAAAAAGUCGGCAUUUGCAAAAUGGACAUUGCAGACGUUAUAUUGCCAGCUGCAUUAAUUGAGAUUGAGGAAGGCAACGAACCAAACGACGAAAGCGACGUGGGUGCAGAUGAAGAGGACAGUGAUUGA